AUGGACAUGGAGACCGCGGACGUGGACCCGGAGAUCGAGGCGAUGCAAAGACGGCUCAGAGAGAUGGAGGAGGAGGCGGAGAAGCUCAAGGAUGAGCACGAAAAGGUGGACGACGCCAUGGCGAGUGAAAACGCUGGGGCAAACGCGGAAGAAGACGCUGUGAAGAAGCAGGAGGCGGACGCGCGAAGUGUGUUCGUCGGACAGGUUGAUUACGCGUCGACGCCGGAGGAUUUGGCAAAACUUUUCGCGAGCUGCGGGACGGUGAACCGCGUGACCAUUCUGCACGACAAGUUCGAUAAUCCGAAGGGUUUCGCGUACGUGGAGUUUUUGGAACCGGACGCAGUGCACAAUGCGAUCUUGCUCGACGGUUCGGAGCUUCGCGGACGGAAGAUUAAGGUUUCCGCCAAGCGCACGAACGUACCGGGGAUGAAAGCCGGCGGUCGCGGCGGUCGCGGUGGACGUGGACGCGGCAGAUUCGGUGGUCGAGGUGCGCCGAUGAUGAUGAUGAUGAUGCCGUACUCUCCGUACGGCCGCGGCGGACGAGGUCGCGGUCGCGGUCGCGGUGGCCGCGGCGGACGCGGGCGUGGGCGCGGCGAAGGUGAAAGCGCGCCGGCUGAGACCGCUGAAUAA